AUUGGAGGGUCAAUCAUAUGCUGUACCUCCAAUGCCUCCACUACCAACUAAUAGAGUUAGUGAAAGGCCACUGUUUUAUUAUACUGGGGUUGAUUUUGCAGGGCCUAUUUUUGUCAAAAAUAGUGCCUAUGAAUUGGGAGGGAAAGCAUGGUCUUUUAAAAGGUUCGUUGCAAGAAGAGGUCUGCCACGGAAGGUGCUCUCGCAUAAUGCCAAGACUUUCAAGAAGAUGGCUAGUCUACUUAAGGAAAUUGAGGAUCAUAAGGAUGUGAAGCGCUACUUUUCUGAUCACAAGAUCCAGUGGAAUUUUAAUGUGGAAAUGUCUCCAUGGUGGGGAGGAGUCUUUGAAAAAUUGAUACGGUCAGUUAAACGAUGUAUGAAGAAGGUCAUUGGACGAGCUAGUCUUACUCAUGAAGAAUUACUUACAGCAGUUAUCGAAAUUGAAAUGAUUAUCAAUUCCCGUCCAUUAUCUUAUGUUACUCAAGACGAUUUAGAUGAGCCCAUUACACCGUCCCACCUUCUGAUUGGUCGACGAUUGACAAGCCUUCCGGAUGACAUUUGCUGUACUGAAGAAGAUGCAUUUACAUUAACUCCACCAGCACUAACUAGAAGGAUGGAGUUUCUAAAUCGCCAGUUAUCUCAUUUUUGGAACAGAUGGAGGAAGGAAUAUCUUCUAGAGUUAAGAGAAGCUCAUAGAAUUCAUUUACGUAAUUCACCUGGCAGAUAUUGGAUGCAAGUGGGAGACAUUGUAGUCAUACAUAGUGAUGAGAAGAAACGAGGUUUCUGGAGUAAUGGGCGUGUAGAAGAGUUAUUAACUGGUCGAGAUGGAAAUGUCAGAUCUGCUGUAGUGAGAGUUUACGCUGUCCAUCGUGAUGAUCAAGGUGAUCCAGAGUUAGUUGAGGAAACUCAGCUACCACUAUCAAAUGAAGUAGAAGACAUCACUAAUAUUCCAUGUGAUGAUCUAACAGUUGAAGAUAGUCCAAGUGAGGAAAUUAAUACAGUCCAAGAUUUGGUUAGUUCGGUCGUGAAUGACAACGAGGAAUUGGUCACUAAUAAGAGGCCUAGGAGAGCAGCUGCUUUUGCAGCAUGA